AUGGAGAAUUUCACCUUUUGGUCUUUUGACUUGAUGGCUUUUGAAUGCCUGAAGUGCUCCUAUGUUCGGUUUGAUAUAAUUCGAAGGAUAAUGACUAGUUUUUUUGGAAUUGAAGUUAUCAUGGUGAUGGGGAUAACAGACAUAGAUGACAAGAUAAUAAAAAGAGCCAAUGAGAUGAAUAUUUCACCAGCAGCUCUUGCUCGUAUUUAUGAGGAAGAUUUUAAACAAGAUAUGGCUGCCUUAAAGGUCCUUCCUCCUACAGUAUAUAUGAAGGUGACUGACAACAUUCCUCAGAUAAUUUCCUUUAUAAAAAAAAUAAUUGCUAGUGGACAAGCUUAUACAACUUCACAAGGUAAUGUUUAUUUUGAUGUUAAGUCUUGGGAAAAAAGAUAUGGAGUAUUGACUACUAUUUAUCCUGAUACCCAUGACGAAGCAGUUGAUACUGAUAAACGACAUGGUAAAGAUUUUGCCCUGUGGAAGGCUGCCAAACCUCAAGAGAUGUCUUGGACUUCUCCCUGGGGAGAAGGAAGACCUGGAUGGCACAUUGAGUGUUCCACCAUGUCAAGUGCAGUGUUUGGAAACCAGCUGGACAUCCAUACCGGUGGAAUAGAUCUUGCAUUUCCUCAUCAUGAAAAUGAAAUCGCACAGUGUGAGGCAUAUCAUCAGUGUGAGCAAUGGGGGAAUUACUUCUUCCAUUCUGGGCACUUGCACGUUAAAGGAAGUCAAGAAAAAAUGUCCAAGUCGUUAAAAAACUACAUAACAAUUAAGGAUUUCCUGAAGAAAUUUUCAUCGGAUCAAUUCAGGAUGUUUUGUUUGCGCAGCAGAUACAGCUCGGCAGUGGAAUUUAGUGAUGAGAGCAUGGAGGAUGCAAAGCACCUUCUUCAGUCAAUUUCCUCAUUUAUUACAGAUGCACAGGCUUAUAUAAAAGGACAGCUGGUAUGUGACUCUGUUAGAGAAGACAUACUGUGGGAAAGGCUAGCCAACACAAAAGUAACCGUGAAGGCUGCGUUUGCGGAUGACUUUGACACCUCCAGGGCUGUUGCGGCAAUUAUGGACCUCAUUCACCAUGGCAACAGACAGCUUAAGGCUGUUACUAAGGAUGCUGGAUCUCCUAGAAGCUCAGUUGUGUAUGGAAGCAUUAUCUCCUACAUAGAAGGCUUUUUUAAUGCCCUUGGGAUGUCCUUUGGAGAAAGACAG